AUGUCUUCGGAUUCUCCUCUACCUCAAAACCCUGUCAUUGUUGGGUUCGGUGGAGUUGGCGUUGAUCUUUUAGCAACUGUUGAAUCGUUUCCAAAACCAGACACCAAGAACCGAACCACUCAACUCAAGGUGCAAGGUGGUGGAAAUACCGGAAAUGCUUUGACUUGUGCUGCUCGUUUGGGCUUAAAGCCUAGGGUCAUUUCUAAGGUUGCAAAUGAUGCUCAAGGCAGGGCUUUGAUGGAGGAGCUAGAAGCUGAGGGUGUGGACACUUCUUCUUUUGUGGUCUCAAAGGAAGGGACUACACCAUUUAGCUACAUUAUUAUUGACAACAAUACAAAAACACGCACUUGUAUAUUCACCGAAGGAUAUCCUCCAUUGGUACCAGAAGACCUUUCGCGAACGAGAUUGUUAUCUGCAUUGAAUGGAGCUAGAUUGGCCUAUUUUGAUGUUAGAAUGCCCGCAACUGCUCUUGUCAUUGCUCAAGAGGCGUUUCGGCAGAAUAUAUCUAUCUUAGUUGAUGCCGAAAGGCCAAGGGAAGGAUUAAAUGACCUCUUGGACUUGGCUGAUUAUGUUGUAUGCUCACAAAAUUUUCCUCAGGCAUGGACAGAGGCAUCGUCUAUACCAAGAGCACUAGUUUCAAUCAUUUUAAAGCUUCCGAGACUCAAAUUUGUGAUUGCAACUUUGGGAAAAGAUGGCUGCAUAAUGCUUCAGAAAUGCGCAGAUGCAGAAGAUUCUCAAUUACAAGAAGUAGAUAUAGACAACUCUUUGAAAUCAUUAACAACGAGAAAAGACGAUAGCAUAGCUACUCCAACCUGCAUUGCCUCAAAUGUUACAAAAUUUAGAGCAGAAGGGAUAGGAUCUGUAUGCGGGAGGUUAUAUUUUGGGACAUCUGAAAAGAUUCCACCAUCAGAACUUAUCGAUACAACUGGUGCUGGGGAUGCAUUUGUUGGAGCUGUUUUAUAUGCUAUCUGUGCCAACUUCUCGCCAGAGAAAAUGUUGCCAUUUGCUUCUCGUGUGGCAGCUGCUAAAUGUAGAGCUCUUGGAGCUAGGAGUGGUCUUCCAUAUCGCACCGAUCCAUAUCUGGCAUCCUUUAUUAAUUAG